UACCACAAGAACUCCGCUUCUUUUCUCUCGCGCUCGGCGUUCGGAGCUCCAUCCGGGGAUUAGAGGCCUCGCGCGUUGGGGAAUCCCCUCAAAGGAGACAUCUUUCUGCCGUUUUCCUUCGCUAUAGGAGCAUCCUCACCUUCUCUUGAUCUUUCUCUCCAUUUUUUUGUGGAUUUUUUUUGCGAUUUUUUGGGUUUUUUUGUUUGCGAUUUUUAUUUCAGGGUGGAAAGGAGGGUUUCUUGGGUGAUUGGGCUGUAGAACGAUCGAUACUGUUGAGAUUUUAGCCUGUUGGAUUUCGAUUUUGUUUGGUUUUUCAUCUAAUGCCUCUUUUGUGUUCUGGACUUAGGGUUUUCUUCUGCCUCUCGCCUGUGUGUUAAGAUUAAGAUCCCUCGUUGUGUCGCUGGAUAGGGUGAUUGUAGAAGAUGUCUACACAAUAUCCCAUUCUUGAUAACCGACCCAUCAACCAGUGGAAGGUUGUUGAAUUAAAAGAUGAGCUCCGGAGAAGAAAAAUCACAAUAAAAGGUGUGAAGGAGGAUUUAGUAAAGCGACUAGCUGAAGCUAUUCGGAGAGAGAGGGAACUAGAGAAGGAACAUGAAGCAUAUGCUGGUGCUGAACCUGAAUCCAAUCCUGCCAAUAAGCAUGAUGAAGAGAUAGCUGAGCCAUUGACAGAGGAUAAUAUAAAGGUCAUAGCAGACGAGAACAUGAAACCUGCUUCUGAUUGCACACCGGUUAACAAGAAAGAUGUCGAUUUAGAUGUUAACCAAGACUAUGGGGAUAAGUCUGUUGAUUCAACUGUGGGCACCGAAAUGGAAGGGACACCAGAUGGUACAGCUGCAAAUGCACUCACCAUAGAACACAGUGCAACUGAGACUCAUAACUUGAUUACACAAAUGGAUUCAAGCGGCAAUGAUUUGGGGUAUAAUGAACGGGAGAAGGACUUGAAGCUUUCUGCUGAAGACAGCUUGAAGUGUGAUAAAUUGGAUGAGAACCUGAAGCCUCCUGGUGAGGAUGCUACACAAUUCAAUGAAAUGGAUGAGGAUUCAAAGCCUCUUGCUGAAGAGACCUUAAAAUAUGCUGAACAGGAUGAAGAUUCAAAACCCCAUUCCCAUGAUGUCAAGCUUGAACCACAGGAGCAAAACAAUAAGGUAUCUGAGAUCAACCAGGAUUUAGAUUGUCCAGCAAAAUCUGAAUUUGGUUCUAAUGAUUCUGUGUCAAUCAAUAUAAAGGAUGAACUAAAGGAUAGUUUAAAUGCUGAUAAUGCCAGUUUAGAACCGGAAGCUAAAUCAGAGACAUUGCCUUCACCAUCCAUCAAUGAUCAUUCUGUUGGCAGUGGUUCAUGCAUGGUGGAUGAUGUACAAGAGCUGAAUGACAAACCUGUUUCUUUUGUAGAUGUUGAUGAUGUCAAGACUGUUACAGAUGCUGAUCUUAGCAAGAAGAAUGAUAUUGUAGAUGGGGAAUCUCCAGAAAAGCUUAACUUGGACAGGAGUUCUGGUGAUGACUCAAUGGAUGAGGAUGUGUUGGAAACUAAGCAGAUUGAGUCUAAUGAUAAUUCUGACAAGCUGGGAGGAAAGAUUGAGGACAUCAAAGCACAAGUUGGAAAAGCGGAAAACCUUGUUGAUGUUGCCAUGCUACCAGCGGAGGACACUAUUGCUGAUGACAAUGGUGAACCCGCAGCUUCAACUGAGAAAAGAAAAGUGGAAGAAAACCAAGGAUCUGCUGCCACAAACCCGCCAAAGCGACAACGAAGAUGGAACUCAGAGAGCAUUAAGGUUGCUGAUCUGCAGCCAUCCAACAUCAGUCCAAUAACUACACCAAAAGAUGUAUUUCAGCCAAGUACUAAGCGCUUAUUUAAUAGGUCUGAUUCCUCGGUCAGCAGAGAGGCUCUGAAGGAACGGAUAGUACCACCGUCACAAAAUACUGCUACCAAUUCUUUGAGAAUUGAUCGAUUUUUGCGGCCCUUUACUCUCACUGCGGUGAAGGAACUCCUUGGAAAAACUGGAACUAUUUGCAAUUUUUGGAUGGACCAGAUCAAGACCCACUGCUAUGUCACUUACUCAUCGGUUGAGGAGGCCAUAGCCACUCGAAAUGCUGUUUACAAUCUUCAGUGGCCCCCGAACGGAGGACGUCUUCUGGUGGCCGAUUUUGUUGAUCCACAAGAAGUAAAAGUUUGUGUCGAAGGCCCUCAAGUGCUACCAUCACCGGUCGCCCCAAGUCCAUCCACUCCAACAGCCCCUCCGGUUCAGACACAACCGGCAUUCCUAUCUCAACCACGCCAAGAUGUCUCAAAGCUGCACCUUCCGUCUCCGCUGCCAGCUAAAACCGAUACACGUCCAGAACCUCCAGUUAUCCCAAAGAAACCAGAACCAGAACCAGAACCGCCCCUUUUGACCCUCGAUGAUCUCUUCCGGAAGACGAAGGCUACUCCGAGGAUCUAUUACCUGCCUUUAUCUGAAGAAGAGGUCGCAGCCAAGAUUACCGCGGAAAAGCAGCGAAGAAGAUCAUAGUCGGCUUUCUCGAGUUCUCUUCAGUUGAAGUUAGCUUCAGAUGAAAAUGUUGGUUAAAAAUUAUCCUUAGGUUAAUGAAGAAAAAGAAAACUUUGCCUUUAGCUUAGCUAGUUUUUGCAGUGUAGAUCAUUCAUACAUCUUUUGUGUGUAUGUUCAACUAACUGUUUGAAUGUUUUUAUUUUUUAUAUUUAUUUAUAUAUAUAAAAUAAGAGAAAGUCCAGCUC